CAAAUUUGGAUUCAGAUAUUGGCGCCUUUUUGUAAAGAAAGAGAGAAAGAGAUAAUUAUAUAUGCUACUCGUUUGGUUAGUGUUGUUAAACAUUUGCAGUUGAACUUUGCUCUAACAGCUGCUUGUGGGUGUUGAAUUCGGUCUUACCCAAUUGAAUUUGGUCAACAAGUUUUAAAAUUAUGGCUAAUUCGCUUAAAUUCUACUAUGAUUUUCUAUCGCAACCGAGUCGUGUGCUAUGGAUGAGUUUGAAAUUGAGUAAAACUCCUUUCGAGGCUUGUCCUGUGGCCUUGAGAAAACGUGAACAGCUGACUGAUGAAUACAAGAAGAUCAAUCGUUUCCAGAAGGUGCCCUCCCUUGUGGAUAAUGACUUUCAUUUAAGUGAAAGCGUGGCCAUGGUUCGUUAUCUUGCGGCCAAAGGUCAAUUGAGUGAACAAUUAUAUCCCAAGGCCUUAAAGGAUCGCGCUCGAAUUGAUGAGUAUUUGGAAUGGCAGCACUCCAAUGUACGUUUGCCUUGUGGCCAAUAUUUCCGUGAUGCCUGGCUAUAUCCGGCCAAUGGUAUCAAAGGCAAACCAAAGCCCGAAGAAGUUGACAAGAUGAUCAAGGCCGUGAAUGUUAGCCUGGGAUCUUUGGAACGUUUCUGGCUGGACAAGGAGUUCUUAAUUGGUUCCAAUUUAACUAUAGCUGAUUUAUUUGGUGCCGCUGAAAUCAAUCAGAUAAAACUCUGUCAAUACAAUGUAAAUGAGCAACAAUUUCCCAAAGUGGCCAAGUGGUUGGAUCGUGUACGUGAAUCAUCCAAUCCCUACUUUGAUGAGGCCCAUCAAUUCAUCUACAAAAACUCACAGCAAGCUGUGAAAGCUAAAAUUUAAAAAAUUCUACAUUUAACCCGAAAGAUUUGUUGCAUUUAUACCAGUUUUUUGUGUGCCUUGAUUUAGUUUGUUUUUUUAAUUGUGUGUUCUAUUCAAAACAUUAAAUUGUAACAUUAGCAUUUAAAAAUUUAA